UAGACACGAGUUAGAUCUGUUCUGAUAUUUGCUAUUGAUGCUAUACUGAACUGAUCUCCACUCUCUGCAGACUGUGUAAUAAAUGCUUAUUCUUUUCCUCAAUUCUCUGACUGAUCCUUUGCUGCAUCAACGGACUCGGGCGAGGCGGUGCUUUAGGCCGCACUCAACACAUGCUAAACAACAAAAUAAUAAUAAGAAAAAUUUCAACAGUUAGGAAAGGCAAGAAAAAGGAAAAACUCCGCUCCGUUAUCCUUCUCCCUUUCAAACUGCCCACGUUUUGACGUCAAUUACCCGGGAUGUGGUCAUUUUUGCAGACGACUCAUUGUCCUGUGACAUCGGGAAAGAGGGGCGGGUCCACAGGGCGCAACAAGUGUUUCGGGCUGCAGACAUCUCCUCUGUGGAAAGUUGGAAGACUUCCUUUGGAUCCGUGGAGAGGAGAGUGGGGACUUUUUGUUUUGACGCACCGAGCGUGGAAGCAGCGCACAGGCUCUGACAUUUCACUGGAACUGGAGUCAAUCACCGUCCCGACAGCCGCCAGCAUGAAUAAUGGAUCCAUCCCAACUAUGCACCCGAGCUGUAUGGAGAAACCUCCUCUCGCCAUGGACAUCAUCCUCAAGUUGGACAUCUUUGGCAUCAUCCUGUACUCCGCGCUCACUUUCAUGGCGGCAGUGUCCAUGCUGGUCUAUUUAGAGGAGUGUGUCUACAUCUACAAGCACGUGCCCAACAAUAAGAAGAGCGUGAUCAUCUGGGUGAAUGGGGCCGCGCCGGUGAUUGCCACCAUGUCGUGUCUGGGGAUGUGGAUCCCCAGAGCCACCAUGUUUACCGACAUGACCUCUGCCUGCUACUUUGCCGUCGUGGUGUUCAAGUUCCUGAUCCUGAUGCUGGAGGAGGUGGGUGGCGAUGAGGCCUUCCUGAGGCGAGCAGGGAGACAUAAGCUGAAGAUCAGCACGGGGCCGUGCUGCUGCUGCUGCCUCUGCCUGCCGUUUGUCGCAAUCACACGGCGCACUCUCUUCCUGCUCAAACUUGGCUCCUUCCAGUUUGCAGUCCUGAAGAUUGUCUUCACCAUCCUUUCCAUUGUUCUCUAUACCAACGGGACUUUUGACCUGAGUGAUUUGAGCAUUUACGGAGCUGCCAUAUGGAUCAACCCGUUUGUGGGCAUCUUGACUAUCAUAGCCCUGUGGCCUGUAGCGAUCAUGUUCAUGCACCUGAGGGUCACCCUGCGUUCAAUCAAGAUCAUCCCCAAGUACGCCAUGUACCAGCUGGUGCUGGUCCUGAGCCAGUUACAAACAGCUAUCAUCAACAUCUUGGCUUUGAAUGGAACCAUCGCCUGCUCCCCGCCCUUCUCCGCCCCUGCCAGAGGAUACAUGAUGAGUCAGCAGCUUUUGAUCCUGGAGAUGUUCAUCAUCACCCUGGUAACACGUCUGCUGUACCGCCGACAGUAUGAUCCUUUACCCCAGGAAGAAGAAUCCGACAACAGCACAAGCCUAAAGCAGGCUGUCCUAUCUGAAUCUGAAUCCCCAUGAGAACUCUGAAUGUUUGUGUGUGUGUGUGUGUGUGUGUGUGUGUGUGUGUGUGUGUGUGUGUGUGUGUGUGAGAGAGAGAGAGAGAGAGAGAGAGAGAGAGAAAGAGAAUAUGUCAUUUGUACUUCCUGCAUGUAUUUGAUUAAGAGAUUUUAUAUAUAUAUAUAUAUAUGAACAUGAAUAAAUAUGUGAAUUGUA